AUGACCAAACAAAAUGUUUAUUGCUCACUUGUAUUGAAGAAGUACAAACUCUGGGUAGAAAAGGGACAUCAGAAAGCAGCUUCUUUGAAAACCGUCUCAUUGUUGUUUCCAGAGCUUUGUGCAGAACUCUUUGAUGGAAACAGUGCAUCUGGUAAUCUCAGUUAUGCCACAUCCCAAACACCACCGGGACAGGGAUCAUCUUCUUUCCAUGUCACAUCACUAAAGCUUAUGGAUGCCAUUUCCGUUAACAUAUAUGAAGAUGAUUAUUUUUCUAAUCAUAUUAAUGAGCAUUUUACUUAG